AGUCAUCACCGCUGGAGCCCCGUGGUAGACAUGAUCUCGUUCGGUACGCGCCCGUCAGUCUCCUUCGCUUCUCUUUCCUUUCUCCCUCUCAUUCGACUGUUUCCUGUUCUAUCUAAGAUCACGUUUUCGUCAAAAUCGUCGCCUUUUUCCACGAAUGGCCUUGGGAUAAUCUCCCAUUUUCCUGAUGGAUCACGAAGAGGAGCAUCUCCUGGGCUCGGAAGAGGCCGAACAGGUCGUACGGGCCGAAAAGGCCGCAAAGUUCCAACAUGAGAGGCGGCGGACGCUGCCCUGGGUGAUGGGAGGCAUCGCUGGCGUCUUCGCAAUCUCGACGCUCCUCCUUCUUGCCGCAUUGGUGUGGCGCAAGGAUGGAUUUACAGACGGCUCCAAAGACGCGACAUACCCGGAUCCAACGGUCCCCGAUCACAGCAACCAUACCGAGUUACUCUCGCUCACGUCCCCCGACGGCAAGUUCUACACCAUGUGGUGGUCGACUGCGGAUGCAUACAACGGCAACGUCAUCCCGCAUCCCAGGAAGCAAGAUGUGUUUUUGAUGGUCGCUCAUGAGCGAUACGAUGGCGCGGGCGCGCACAAGAGACACGAGCUAUUCUGCGAGGCCCACUUCCAAGGGAAUUACCUCGUUUGUGCGAAUGAUGCGGUGCCGCUUCCCGUCUCCGAUCCCGUUCCCAACACGUGCCCCGAACCCUUCCAGCGACGGGACGGCGGGCCACGCGAUGCUCGCGUGUUCUAUGGCCCAGACCACCCGUAUGUCAUAUACGGGUCGCUAUCUCAGUACACAUGCAUUGGGCUGUGGGUUCAGGAUGCGCGUAUGCUUCUGGAGCCCUUCAGGUCGGAGCGAGAGUUUGUCGAGGUGUACAACGAAAUUACUGAAAUUGGGCGACCGGAGCCAUGGUCCGUGAUCGAGAAGAACUAUUUCCUCUUCUGGAGCGAAGGCAAGAGAUACGCACACUACAACCUCUACCCCGAGCGACACUUUGCCGAACUCGACGACGACGGCACCGCGGGCACGGACCUCGCGCUCGUGACGGCAGAGCAGGACGGGCAAUGCAUCGCCAAGUACAUGCCAGAACUCGGUCCGGGGAAAGAAAGCAUCCACCAAGCCACGAACUCCCUCUCCAUCACUCUGUGCAAGAGAAGCGACGUGAACUGCGAGCCGGACGAGAACAACACGUUCAUCAUGGAAAUCUUCCACCACAAGACAUACUUCAACUUCCACGGGGUGUACGAGCCGUACGUCGUGCUGUUCCAAAGCGUCGCGCCCUUCGCCAUCCACGCCAUUUCUACGCGACCCCUCUGGAUCCACGGGCGCACGGCGCUGACGGAGAAGACUCGCUCAGCGCAGUACCGCGGACCUGGGAAGACGAUCCCUUCGGGCCAUACUGAGAUGUUUUACAUCACUAGUAUCAACUGGAGGACAGUGGGACAGCAUUACCACGGCUACUUGGACGACCCCGUGUUUCUCGGGUUUGGCAUCGAGGAUACGCGGUCAGGCGUUAUGGAUGUCCGUGCGGGGGAUUUGAUGCAUGGUUUAGCGUACUGUUAAGAAGAUACCACA